AUGUGUUCCAACACCAAACCCCCAAAAGACUGCCUGAAACAAGAAGUUUCCAAUACAACCACAGUGACUGAAUUUUUGCUACUGGGAUUUUCUGAUCUGUUUGAGCUUCGGGUAUUAUACUUCCUAUUUUUUCUAUUGAUUUAUCUGAUAGCCUUGGCUGGAAACCUUCUCCUCAUUCUUAUUGUAGCUGUAGACAGUCAUCUUCACACACCCAUGUACCUCUUUCUGGCCAAUUUAUCCAUCCUUGAUAUCUUCUUUAUUUCCGUCAUAAUCCCUAAAGCCAUGAACACCUCCUUGACACAAACCAGAUCGAUUUCUUUCUCUGGGUGUAUGAGCCAAAUCUUUUUGGGAAUCACCUUUGCCUCAGCAGAACUAGCUCUCCUCACUAUCAUGGCAUAUGACCGUUACAUUGCUAUCUGCUACCCACUCAAGUAUCAUAUGAUAAUGAAUAAAAUUAAAUGUGUCAGCAUGAUAGCUGCUUGUUGGAUAAUCAGUACUGUCUAUGCGGCGCUACACACCAUGAACAUCAGUUCUUUGCCAUUUUGUGGUCCAAACAAUGUAGAUCAGUUUUUUUGUGAUAUCCCCAAAGUACUAAAGCUUGCUUGUGCUGACACCUUUGGUAAUGAAACCGCAGUCUUUGUAUGUGGCAUUGUGUUUGGUUUGAUUAUCUGCUCUUCAGUCAUUGGAUCCUACGUUCACAUUUUUUCUGCAGUCCAAAAAAUCCCUACUUCUCAUGGCAGGUACAAAGUUUUUUCCACAUGUUUGCCCCAUCUUACAGUGUUUUCUUUAUUUCUGUUUACUGGGAUGUUUACAUACAUGAAGAGAAGUUCAGAGUCAUCUCUCUUCAAGGAACUCCUAGCUGCUUUGUUGUAUUUUGUUGUGUCACCAAUCGCCAACCCAGUCAUUUACAGCUUGAGAAACAAAGAGAUCAGAAAUGCUAUUGGGAAAUUCAUGAAUAAAGUCAUCUUCAAUUGA